UCUCCCCCUUUCCCUCAGAAACUCUUCCUCAAAAUAUCACAACAAAAUAGUUCUGCAUCACCUCUAUCUCUGAAAAAUAUGGAGGACCUGCUUCUGACCCAAGAACCCAAGACUCUAUCUCCGUCCGGCAGUGGGCGAAGAAGCAGUGGAAGUUGUUCGAGCUCGCCGGAAUUUGAGUUCUGGAUGGUCCGAAACCCGUCUUGUCCCCAGCCUGAUCUUCUCUCCGCCGACGAACUCUUUGUUAACGGCUUCCUCCUUCCUCUUGACCUCCUAGCUAAUAAACAACCCGACCCGAAUCCGCCUCCUGAUCCGGAUACUCCCUCUUCUGAACCUCCUGGUCCCGACCCAGAACCUGAAGGGUGCCCAGAUUCCGAACGUGGUCCUCCGGUGAUGUCGGAUCCGGCUGCGGCUUCGUCAGCGUCGAAACGAUGGCGGGACAUUUUCAAGAAGGAUAAGGGUAAAAAUGGAACGGCGACAAAACAGGAGGAGAAGGAGGGAGAGAAAGGAAAAGAGAGGAGGAAGGAGAAGAAGAAUCAGAGUCAAACCGGAGCGAAUCCGGCGGAGUUGAACAUCAAUAUAUGGCCAUUUUCGAGGAGCAGAUCCGCCGGGAACAGCGGGACCCGACCCAAGAUGACCGGGUCUAUGGGGACCCGGAAGGUAAGCAGCGCUCCUUGCUCGCGGAGCAACUCGGCCGGCGAGUCCAAGUCGCGGGUGAAAUGGCCAAGCAGUCCGGGUCGUUCCGGAGUGCAUUUGGGUCGAAGCAGUCCAGUCUGGCAGGUUCGGCGUGGUGGGUCCGGGCUAAAGACCUCCGACGGACUAAUCCGGAGCAGUGAGAAGGGGCAUGGCAGUGGUAAAAAGGAAGUCACUGAGCCUCGCCGGUGUAAAACCGUUGGUAAUGGCGGUAAAGCUCGUGUCUUGAACCUGAAUGUGCCCAUGUGUAUCGGGUACCGGCAUAAUUUAAGUUGUAGAAGUGACACGAACGGCGCUGACAACAGUGGCAGUAGCAGCGGCGGCGAUGGCCAUCCCACCACCGUAGGAGGCGGUGGUAGUCUCCUGAUUCUCCGCAAUCUAUUUGCUAAAAAAGUCUACUAAAAACUCAACUUUUCAUCUAUUUUUGUCCUAUCAAAGUAAUUAAGUCUAAUUUUCUUUCUCUUGUAAACAAUUACUCAUGUAAUUUGAUAAAUACUAGUAUUAAAG